CGUCGGACAGAAAAAAAAAUCCCGUCGCCCCCUCCUCCCGUUCUUGGCUACUCCCUUCUUCCCCUUCCCUCUCCUCUCUCUAGGGUUAGAAUUUCUCCAUGGAUUCUUGAAUUUUGGUACUGAAAUUGAAUGGGAAAGGAGGCCCUCUCCUCCUUGUGCCCUCCGAGGUGUUGAUUGGAUUCAAUUUCGUGCAUCUUUGUGGUUCCUUGUGGCUGGAUUUUUGGUUUCCUUUGUUCUGUUCGUGCGCAGGUGCUCUAGCGGCGUGCAGCGCUUGGGGGCAGGCGGCGGCGGCCUCUGCUCUCUGCCCUGCUGGGCAGCGCGCAUGCAGCACAGGGCCCAGGCGGGGCUCUACGCGUGGCGGGCGGCCAGGCGCACGGCUCCCAGCGGCGCCCGGUGACGCGCUGGACGAGCGGUGCCUUGGUGGGGGCGCGCGGCUUCAGCCAGACUCGCAGCGCUUGAGGAGAAGGCAUCCUCGGCAUCAGCUGGCGACGGCGCUGAGGGCAGACGAGCCCACCCAGCAGCGGCCAGGAAGGGCGGCCGGCAAGGCCAGCAGCAGGCAGCGCCAUCAGCAAGCUGCAGCACGGCGUGCGGCCCACGAGGACAAGGCACACAGCCCCAGCAUCAGGCCGACCGCAGACACCUCUCGUGAAGUUCACCGGACCGGAGGAAACUGCAAGCAGCAGCAAUGGCGGAGGUGAGGAACCGGAAGGUGCUGCUGAAGCGCUACGUGACGGGUUACCCCGCCGAGGACGACAUGGAGGUCGUCGACGGCACCGUGCACCUCGCCGUGCCGCAGGGGCUCCAGGCGCCCGCCGUGCGGCUGAAGAACCUCUACCUCUCCUGCGACGCCUGGAUGCGCGGCCGCAUGUCUAAGCGCGACGACCCCGUCACCGUCGUCAAUGACUUCGUCCUAGGCGAGGCUUUGACCAACUUUGGCGUUAGCAUGGUGAUUGACUCCACACACCCGGAUUACCAUGCCGGCGAUCUCGUGUGGGGGAUGAGCGGGUGGGAGGAGUACACGCUCAUCUCUGAGCCGGCGUCGCUCGUCAGGAUCAACCACCCCGAGCUGCCGCUUUCCUACUACACAGGCGUUCUCGGCAUGUCGGGCCUCACUGCGUUCGCUGGGCUGUUCGACGUGUGCAAGCCCAAGAAAGGCGACACCUUCUUCGUCUCAGCGGCGUUCGGUGCUGUUGGCCAGAUCGUCGGCCAGCUGGCCAAGCUCGCCGGCUGCUACGUCGUCGGCAGCGUCGGCUCCGACGAGAAGGUGAGCCUCCUCAAGGGCAAGCUCGGCUUCGACGACGCCAUCAACUACAGGAAGGAGCCCGACCUGGGCGCCGCGCUGAGCCGGUGCUUCCCGGAGGGCAUCGACAUCUACUUCGACAACGUGGGCGGCGCGACGCUGGAUGCAGCGCUGCUCUGCAUGCGGACGCGCGGCCGCGUCGCCGUGUGCGGGAUGGUGUCGCAGUACAACCUUGACGACCCGGCCGCCGGGGUGCGCAUGCGCAACCUGCCGUUGCUCGUCGCCAAGCGCAUCCGCAUGGAGGGGUUCAACGUCGCCGACUACCUCGCCGACGGCCCCUACUACCGCUGGUUCGAGGAGGAGAUGGCCGGCUACCUCCGUGACGGCAGAGUGACAUACGUGGAGGACGUCGUGGAAGGGCUCCAUGGCGCGCCGGCCGCGCUCGUGGGGAUCUUCCAGGGGCGGAACGUCGGCAGGCAGCUCAUCGUUGUUGCGCGGGAGUGACGAUCAGUGGGUUGCAUUAUAUUGGCCGUCAGCCCAAACACUGAUAGAUGAUGCUUCAGUUCAUUUCGAUCAUUGUUUAAUUUCUUUCUCAAUCAUGUAUAUAUGCUUGCUUUGAGUGAUGACAAGAGGGUAUCAUAUCGGUAUGCAACUAUGCAUCGAUGCAUACCAUUUCUUUCGAUCUUGCUCAGGAUGAUGUGGAAAAAAUAAUAUUGAAUAAAAAUAUAUAUUUGUAAUUAUCU